AUGCGUGAGCGCAGCGUGGCAUGCGCCGGCCAGAGAGGCGGUGCCCGCGGCGGCGCGCGGACGAUGGCGCGCUGGCUGUGGGCGACGACGCUCCUCGUAACACUCGCUGCCAUCGACGCCUGGAAACCCCCUGUGCAACCCCUAUUGAUACCCCCUGGCGCAUCGCGUAUACGAGUGCCCCGCCAUGCCCAUGGUUCCUUUCAUCAUCUCCACAUACUUGGUUGGCACCUUGAACUGCAAGAAAACCGCGCCAUUCGUUCUCCAUAUUACAAUGAGUGCCAGUUCUAUAAGGGUAGAGUACUCCAUAAAGAAGGGUCAACCGUGACAGUGACGGAGUGCGAAGGACAGUUGUAUGGGCUACUUCAAGUGGAUGGAGAGGAUUUCGUUCUGCAACCAACUCAUACAGACAGCGGUCAUGUGCUGCGACGUCGUGAUGUACUGUUGUCGGAGCAGCCAGCGGCGUACAACCUCACUGGUGACACGGUCACUGACCUUGACAUUGAUUUCGAGGAAGAUGAGCCAAUGUCUGUAAUGCACGUGCAUCCCCGACAUAGUGACCAUUCCGAUGUUGAUUAUUUUAGAAAUGUCCUUCCCGUUACGAGACCGGUCUCAGGCGUUAAAGGAUUAUGGCUCGAAUUAGCAAUAGUUGCGGACCAUACGAUGUUGAAAUUCCACGGUCAGGAACGGGUGAAACACUAUAUCUUAGCCAUAAUGAACAUCGUCAGUGCCAUCUUCAACGAUCACUCUCUCGAUUCAAACAUGACUCUUGUCAUCAACAAGCUAUUUUUGUACGAGGAGAAGGACCCAGUAAUAAAACAUGGCAAUGUGAAAAAAUCACUUGAGGCUGUAAAUAAAUGGAAUUACCGACACCUAAUGAAACUACCGGCAGAUAGUACAGGUUGGGAUGCAGCGGUUUGGUUAACUCGGGCGCAGCUCGGGGGACCCUCGGGCUUCGCCCCCGUUGGUGGAGUUUGCACGAAAACUCGGUCAGCUGCAAUAGACCGAGAUGAAGGGCUCACCAGCGCUUUCGUCAUCGCUCAUGAAUUGGGUCAUUUGUUGGGCUUAACCCACGACGGUGAAGACCAAUGCGAAAAAGAAGGUCUCCGUGGAUCAGUGAUGGCGCCCACAGUCCUCGCUACGCUGCAUAACUACGCCUGGUCCUCAUGCUCGAAGCAACAAUUCCAUGAGAAAUCUAAGAAAUGGUGGUGCCUUCAACAGCGCAGCCAAGACGAGGGCGUGGAAUUAGGAGGAGCUAAGGAGCUGUCUAAUUACGUAUUUACUAUGGAUGAGCAAUGCCGAACGGAAUUUGGUGAAGGGUUUUCAGUUUGCAAAUCGGUAAAAGUGAGGUCAGCGUGCGCUCGGCUGUGGUGCGCACAUCGUUCUAUGCCUCACGUAUGUCGUUCGAAAAGGGCUCCACCGUUAGAAGGAACACCCUGUGGUACUAAUCAUUGGUGCGUCGAUCGCGUUUGUGAGCCAAUGCCGGGUCACACUCUAGAAAAUAAAGAAGGUUCAGAGCAGAAACCAGCUGUGUGGGGAGAGUGGAGUGAGUGGAGCAAGUGCAGUGCUGAAUGCGGAUAUGGCCUGCGCACGCGCGUACGCCAUUGCACACAUGCUGGUAGCACGAUGGAGAGCGCUUGUGAGGGCGCCGGGUCGCAGGCGGCGACGUGCUGGUCGGGCGUGCCGUGCGCUUCCCGCGACCCCCGCGCAGACGCGUGUUACCGCCGCGCUAGCCAUCUCAUACCGUACUUACAUCAUGAAGAAUCAAAGCACUGUGAGAUUUGGUGCGUUGACUAUGGAGGAGGAAACUCGACCAGUUUUGGAUCUUUACCAGAUGGAACAUCUUGCAGCUACGAUCGACCUUAUGAUAUUUGCUACCAGGGAACAUGUGUCAAAGGCCAGUGCAAUGGAACUGAUCCGGUUUGCAACUGGUGUCCUGAUGGCUACUGCAACAACAACACUCAUGUAUACACGCGACAGCUCAAUAAAGGUUGGACGCGUCUAACAGUAAUUCCUCACGAGGCAAACCAACUGUCCGUACAUAUUGCAACUCCAGUAGCAAUAAAUAUCGCAAUACGAGAGCGCCGUCGGGACAGACCCAUAUUAGAACUAAAAUACCAUUCAAAACACUUCGAACUGGAUAAUAGGCAGGAUAACUAUCUGAAAUAUGAUCCCAAUGUGCCUGAAAAUCUGAGAAUUAUAGAAGUUGACAGCAAUGUGAUUGAUAUAAAGGAAGACGAACCUUUCGGCUUGGAAGGUGAAGUGGUGGCAGCUGGCAGCAUAUUGCGUUGGAAACAAACGGAAACGGAUGUGUCGAUAUCUGCAAUAUCCAGGUUGCAGACUGAUUUGAUGAUUAUGGCGGUUCCCAUGCAGCCGCUUGAAGAAAUAGUCGCUGUAGAGGUGUCUGUUAACUACAGCACGCCUGCCGGACGCACCAGACCUAUGGAGUACAGAUGGUUGAGCGAACGUGGUCCGUGUUCAGUUUCUUGCGGUGGAGGAGUACGAGCGGUGCGCCCGCGCUGUCCGCGCGACCAACACUGUGGCCCCACGCGGUAUGAGAGAUGCAAUACACAUAGUUGCGACUUCACCUGGGCGGGCGGCGAGUGGGAGGGGUGCAGCGCCACGUGCGGUAGCGCCGGCGUACAGGAGCGGCAGCUGUUUUGUGUUCCCUCAAAUAUAAGUAUAACAUCGAGGUGGGAGCUAAUACGACACAGCGUGUCUCCUGCACUCUGUCCCCCCGCUAAGCCGGAUAAAGAGCAACCUUGCAAUAGGAUACCUUGCCCAGUUUACUGGCAAGAGAUGCCUUGGACUCCGUGUUCAACAACAUGCGGCCGCGGAGUAUCACAUCGUCCCUUAAUAUGCCCUGCGCCAGAUGACAAUCUGUGCGGCCCGAAGCCCCGCGAGCGUCGUCGCCGGUGUCGCCUCCGUCGGUGUCCAUCCCGACCGUCCUUCGAUUGUCCCGAUACAGACGGCACGCAGUACUGCGAGCUGUUCACCAAAGAUCAGUUGGAGAGGAACUGCGUCGUACCACCCUUUAGAAAAUAUUGUUGCAAUGCUUGUAAAUCUGUCGUUCGUGGAGUA